CUCCCCUGACUGAUUCCGGUGUGGCGCAUGCACGUGCUUCCUGGAGUAAACUGGCGUUGUGAGCUGUGUUAAACCUGUUUAGGUCCAGGGUUUGGAGAAAUCGAGGUGCUGCUGUUUCUGCUGCCCGGGCACAGACGCCGAAGGCCGUGGCAGAUUCCCAGCACACGGUCCGACGUCCUACCGCAAACUCUCGGUGAAGAUGGAGCAGGCCGCGGCCCCUCUGUCGCCCCCUGCAGGCGAGAAGAGGGCAUGCACCGAGGAGGAGCCAGCCCCCGCUGCCAAGCGCCCCCGGGUGGGGGGGGCGGAGUCAGAGAACGGGGGGGCGGGGCCUACGGCCACGCUGCAGGCCAGGGAUGACCCGGAGCGGGAGGGGAGUGAGGAAGAGGAGGAGGGGGAGGAACAGGGAGAAGGAGAGGGGGCGGAACAGGGAGAGGGGGAGACGUUCGCUGAUAUGAUGAAGCACGGCCUUGCUGAGCGGGAUGUGGGGAUCCUGGAGUUCGUCAGCGAACACGACGGCUUCUCCGGCAUCCUGAAGGAGAGGUACUCUGACUUUGUGGUGAACGAGAUCAACAGGGAGGGGAAGAUUGUGAGGCUGGAUGACCUCACCGUGCCGGCCGACCCAGAGGAGCCCCCUAGUGGCGAGCCGCAGGAGGUGCAGGUGCUGACCGAGCAGCAGAAGGGGCAGCUGGAGGAGCUGCAGCUCAUGAAGAAUAAAGAAGAAAACGUGGAAAUAGAGGUGUUGGAGGACUCUAAGGAGAAGAGGACCCUGCUGCACCGGGCGGUGAAGACCUCGUUCCCCGGGCUGGAGACGAAGACGGAGGAGAGGGAUGGCAGGAAGUUCAUCAUCGCGUACCACGCGGCCGGGAAGAGGGCUCUCGCAAGCCCCCGGAAGCACUCCUGGCCCAAAAGCAGAGGCAGCUUCUGCCACUGUGUGCUGUACAAGGAGAAUAAGGACACCAUGGACGCCAUCAAUGUGCUGUCCAAGUUCCUCAGGGUGAGACCGAACCUGUUCUCCUACAUGGGGACGAAAGAUAAGAGGGCCAUCACAGUGCAGGAGAUAGCGGUCCUCAAGAUCAGCGCUGAACGGCUGCUCAUCUCAAUAAGUGCCUUGAUGAACUUCAGACUGGGAAACUUCAGCUACAGGAAGCACCCGUUGAAACUGGGAGAGCUGCAGGGAAACCACUUUACUGUGAUCAUCAGGAACAUCUCUGGCACGGAGGAGCAGGUGACUCAGGCCAUGUCCUCUCUCAGGGACGUGGGCUUCAUAAACUACUACGGCAUGCAGCGCUUUGGCACGACCGCCGUGCCCACGUACCAGGUCGGCAGAGCCAUCCUACAGAAUAACUGGGCAGAAGUGAUGGAUCUGAUCCUGAAACCUCGACCUGGAGCGGAGAAGGGCUACCUGGUGCGGUGCCGGGAGGAGUGGGCGGAGUCUCAGGACCCGGAGGCGGCGCUGCGGAAGCUUCCGGUGAAGCGCUGUGUGGAGGGACAGCUGCUGCGUGGCCUGUCCAAGUACGGCAAGAACAACAUCAUCACUGCCUUCAGCCUGAUCCCCAGGAACAACAGGCUGAUGUACAUCCACAGCUACCAGAGCCUGGUGUGGAACCGCAUGGUGAGCCGCAGGGUGCAGGCCUUCGGCCUCCUGCCUGUACAGGGAGACCUGGUGCUGCGGGGAGGCUCAGCACAUGUGCUCACGGAAGAAGAGGCCAAGACCCACUCCAUUCACGAAGUGGUGAUGCCCCUGCCUGGAUUCGAUGUUAUUUACCCCACACACCACGUGGGGCAGGGCUACAGGGAGAUGCUGAAGGCUGAUGACCUGGACAUAGAUAACAUGCGGCACAAAGUGCGGGAAUACUCGCUGGCUGGAGCCUAUCGACGCAUCCUCAUACGACCCAAAGACGUCAGCUGGGAGGUGAUAAACUAUGAUGAUCCCCGGAUCUCUCUGGUUCACACUGAUCUGGAGAAGCUUGAGAAUAAACCUCCUCCUGUCUUCCCUAAAGAGGGGCAGUACCGGGCCCUGAGGAUGGAGUUCUCUCUCCCCUCCUCCACCUACGCCACCAUGGCCAUCCGGGAGGUGCUGAAAAUGGACACCAGCAUCAAGAACCAGACGCGGCUCAACACCACCUGGCUCAACUGAGAUACUCACCACAUACACACACGCUCACACGCACAUGCGCAUGCACACGCACGCACACGCAAGCACACGCACAUGCGCACGCACACACACGCACACACGCACACAUAUACAUGGGCACAGCUCAACGCAACUGGCUCAACGCAUGCACACACGUACAAAAAUACACACACACACAUACUCAGACUCCCACUCACACAUAGCACGUCCAGAAUCACACACACUCACACACACUCAAACACACUCACACACACAAACACAUACAUACACUCACCCACACACACACACACAUACAUACACUCACACACACACACACACACAUACAUGGGCACAGCUCAGUGCACCUGGCUGAACGCAUGCACACACACACACACACACACACACACACACACACACACACAGACAGACACACAUACACAUAUAUAUACAUGGGCACAACUCAACACACCUGGCUAAACGCAUGCGCACAUACACACACAGACGCACAGUCGCACACACACACAUAUACAUGGGCACAGCUCAACGCAACUGGCUCAAUGCAUGCACACACACGUACAGAAAUACACACACACAUACUCACAGACUCCCACUCACACAGCACGUCCAGAAACACACAUACACUCACACACACACACACACACACACACUCACACACAGACAGACACACAUACACACUCAAACACACAGACACACACACACACACACACACACACACACACACAGACACACACACACACACACACAGACAGACACACACACACACACUCUAAGGGUGUUCCCUGCACUCACCCGUAGCACAAUGUCACAGCAACACCUACCCUUCAACUUUGUUUUUCUUUAUUUUUUUAAUAUCAAAUCAUUGUUUUAUUGUAUACGUUUGAGCUUUACUACUGUAGAGCGUUUGAUAAGUCUUGAUUUAGAUUUUUUACAGCAUCUGUGUCAGUUCUCGGGAGUCUUCCAUCAAGGAUUCCUGGCUGUGGGGGUCUUUGCUAAGGUCUAAAACGCAGUGGAUUCCUUACAGACUCACUUCUAGGAGAAAUUCAAUGAGUUGCAGAAAUUAAUAGAAGUUCUGAUACUGGUUUUUAAACAAAUGUGCUAUUUAAUGUUGCUUUGUUGCUGUCUGACUUUAUUGAAUUAAAAAUGCCACAUUGGAA